CAAGGUUCAAAUCAGGUCACAUGACUGCGCCGCCAUUUUGUGCACCUCCCAUUUGCACUUCCUCCCCUCAUGCCAUUUCCGCGCCCAGGAACUCGCUAAAAACUCGCGGAAACAGACAUGAUCCUUCUAGAGAUCAACAACAGAAUAGUCGAGGACACUUUACGACAGAAGUUCGACAAUGCCUCGGCAGGGAACAAGCCGGAUAGUGUGGAUAUCACAAUAGCAGAUUUUGAUGGAGUCCUAUACCACAUCUCCAACCCUGGCGGAGACAAGACCAAAGUCAUGGUCAGCAUCUCUCUCAAGUUCUAUAAGGAGCUUCAGCAGCACGGGGCAGACAGCCUGCUACAGAGAGAGUACGGAGACUUCAUAACAACCACAGAACAAGGUUAUGAUGUUUCCAUAUUGUUCGACCUUGAAAAUGUCCCUGAGAAUAAGGAGGAGGCAGUUAAAAAGGCGGGGCUUCUCAAGAGGAACUGUUUCGCCUCGGUCUUCGAGAAGUACUUCCAGUUCCAACAGGAGGGCCAAGAAGGGGAGGAGAGAGCAGUCAUCAACUACAGAGAUGAUGAAACCAUGUAUGUAGAAGCGAAGAAAGACCGAGUCACUGUCAUCUUCAGUACAGUCUUCAAGGAUGAGGAUGACGUGGUGAUCGGCAAAGUCUUCAUGCAGGAGUUCAAAGAGGGUCGUCGAGCGAGUCACCAGGCUCCGCAGGUCCUGUACAGUCAUCGAGACCCUCCGCUGGAGCUGCAGGGGACAGACGCUGCUACAGGAGACAACAUCGCUUACAUCACAUUUGUUUUGUACCCCCGUCACAUCACUAAGGCUGCCCGUGACAACACCAUCAACCUGAUCCACACCUUCAGAGACUAUCUUCACUACCACAUCAAGUGCUCAAAGGCGUACAUUCACAGCAGGAUGAGAGCCAAGACUUCAGACUUCCUGAAAGUCCUGAACCGUGCCAGACCAGAGAACAACGUCAAGGAAAAGAGGACCAUCACAGGAAGGUCAUUCCAACAGCGUAACUAGCCGUAGACCAGCUGGCUGUUAGACAUAAAAAAGGAUUAGCAUUAUCUUCUGAUAUUUUAUACUGCUAGCAUUUUAUAAUGAAUUGUAUCAGAAAAAUCUGCUGAUUCUACAUUGUAUCAAACCUUUAUUUCCAAGUCUACAAAAUGAUUCUUGCAUCAUAGAAAUCCAAAGUCACAUAAUAUAGCAAUUAUAGGUCAUGAAAUUGUGAUAAUUUUUUUUUGUUCAUGUAAGUGCUUUUGUCCCCAUUUUGCUUUGUUUGUGGUAUGGUCUGUACAAUGUGACAUAUGGUGCAGGCCAGAACACUGGAAAAAUAGGGGUGUCAAAGAUAUACUGGCUGCAGUAUAUUUUAACAGUACGCAAGUCACCUUCUGUGAUAGCAGCAAGUUCCAGCAACCCAUAGUCGAUUCUGCAGUGUUCAUUAUAACCCAGAUACUAGCAUAAAAGGAAACCAUUGCAAUUUCAGGGUGGCAGAACAAAACAAAAUAUUCUGGAUGAGGAAAUCUGACUAAUAUUGGCAUUUACUGCCAUUUCCUAGCACAUUUUUGUCAUCAUUUCAUACUUGAAGUGUUUGAAAUAGCCCCAAACUAAGCUAGUCCCUUUACUUUUGGGUACCACUAGCAAGUAGCUACAACCAGCCUAUGAUACAAAAUAAGCAACAUUUUUGCCUCACAGAUAUCAGUAAAAAUGACCAGAAGAUCCAGUUUUACUGCCCUGAAAUUGAUCUUGGUUCCUUUUAAGAAAUAUGUGUUAUAUAUAUAUAUCAGAAUUACAUGUAGUAGACUUUUCAACACUUGGUGUGAUCAAUGAUUAAGACAAUAAUUUCCAACACCAGCAAAUGCAGUGCAUUUUUAAUUCCUUCCACCUCAUAGCAACUUUGCCUGGAUCUGUUCCAAGAAAAGCAGUCCUCAGUUCUGAAAACUUCUAUAGCUACUCGCUAAAACACUUCUGGCAUGCAGAAGUAGUCAUUCCUAUUGCUAUUUAUACCAAUGGUCUGUAGAGUAUGAUAAGUGAUUAUAGACAAUGUUUACCUGCUAUGGAUAUCUUCCAAUAAGACUUAAUUGGUACAGAAAAUUCUACAUAUAGUAGUAGCCUCUACCGGUCUUCAGAGAUGACUGAAAAGAGUAGAAAUUUCCCAAAUAGACAGAUAACAUGACGGGAAUUGGUCUCCUAGAGGAGUACAGUUUUCAGUAUCUGUUUAGCAAACUGUAAUCUUUUAGCAGACAAGUUCUGUUGACAUGUUAUCCGUGUUAACCUGGUGGAGGCUAACAAAGUAGAUUUCAUUAUUCGAAGCGUACUGAAAUUGUAGAGCUGAAAAUUCCUCCAAGUCGCUUGUCUCCUCUACUUCGAUCUGUAAAUCUUUACCUAAAGAUUGCCAGAGGUAGGUGUUAGUAUUGGUGAAAGAUUUAGGUGUGUAGGUAAGCACAUGGGCAGAAUGUACUGUGCCUGCA